AUGUCCGGCUGCUCACCCUUGCUAGGCGACCUGCUCAACUCCAAGCGGAAGGCAUACGAACAGCAUCUCACCGAAGUAAAGAUCAAGCGCACUGCCAUCACCUGCUGCCUCUGUCGAGCCCAAUCCCACCUCGACACCGACCAUCGCCGCAGCCUCAAGAGCGUCAUCUGCGUCUGCACUCACCCGUUGUGCGCCUGUUGCCCCGUCUGCUCCGAUGUCUUCACCCAGCUCAAGGGCUUCCGCCACCACAUCGCCGCCUCGGAUCGAUUUCUAUACUCGUACGGCUUCUACUGCGACGGAUGCGGCGCUUCCAACAAGGUGACUCCUCUGCUCCAACCGCGCGCCACCCCUCCCUCAACCCCCGACUCCUCACAUCGCCUCCGCCCCCGCCCGCCCACCAAAGAGUGGACUGUCGACUUCACCUGGCGGAGAUGCCGCUGGUGCGAGCAACGCUGCCACGAAAAGUGUCUGAUGUACCGCAUCCAGCCGUGGGAGCAUGUCUCGGAAGCCUCCAGGAGCCCCAAGCGGAGCAGAAAGGAUUACGACAACCAUUCGAGUGACAUCAAAGCCCGCAUCGCCACCGGACAUCCCACUUCCCCGCUAGCCCUGUACACUACCGCCUCGGAUGAUUAUGACUCCGACGAUUCCACUUGCUCCAGCACCCACACCACAUCCCGCAGCCUCACCGCUGAAGAGAUUGAGACGCUCGAAUACGCCAUGUGA